CCCAUCCGUCGGAAGUACGUUCCCGUCCUGCGUCUCCCUACAGUCUCAACUAGCCUGCAAGCCUGCACUGUCGGCCUCUUUUUCACGCCUUUGCUCGGCUUGUCAAGCAGAAGUAUGGGCUCAGUGGAUCGGAGACUGGCCUUGGAUUAUUCUGCCGUUCCAACCUACCAGAAUGAUGCGGGAUUCAGUUGUUCUCUUGUUUUAUAAAAACCAACCUCGGGAAUGAGCACUUCUGCUUCCUCGCUCGUGUUUUAUUCGCCAGGGCUGAGCGUAUAUGGGACAGUAGCGAGUCUAACAGCUUUAACAGCCUUCUUUUGUAGACAAAAGAAGGCUGCGAAGUAAUAUUCACAAAUAAAAGAGGUCGUGGUCUCCAAUCUAUGGAGAAAGUGGGCAAGAUGUGGGGUAACCUCAGGAGUAGAUGCCAAGCCCUCUUCCACAAGGAUGGCACAGAGUCCAGUCUGUGUAGCCAGGACUUAGAUUGCGUUCACUGUGUGGUGGACAUGGGCAGAGGAGCACAUGCAGAACCUUAUGAAACUAGGUCUUCCACACCAUCACGGACCUUGUCACCACUCCCACUGGUUGCUGGAGGACGCAGAGGCCAUAACUGUGUGGCAGAUAUUCCCCAGAUAGUAGAAAUCUCCAUUGACAAAGAGAGCGAAGAUGCACGGAGGGGCCCCCUUGUGCGUAGGGACUCCUACUCACGUCAUGCUCCCUGGGGAGGUAAAAAGAAACAUUCUUGCUCAACUAAAACGCAAAGUUCACUUGAGACUGACAGGCGAACGGGACGCUCAAGAGGAAGUACAGCCAGGAGGGAGCGUCGUUAUGGAGUUAGCUCCAUCCAAGAGAUUAAUGAUUCUGUAGGAGCUGGCAGCAGUGGGCGCAGCCUUAGCACCCGUUCUCUGCGGCAGCGACUUCGAGACAGCGUAGGCUUGUGCCUUCCUCUCACCACGCACCACCGCUCUCAGCCAGCUAAAGGUCAGGUGUCCUCCAAACGUAAGAUCCACCUGACGGAACUGAUGCUUGAAACAUGCCCUUUCCCGCCUGGUUCGGAUCUGGCCAACAAGUGGCACUUAAUUAAGCAACAUACGGCACCAGUCAGCCCUCAUUCCUCAACUGCUCUUUUGGAUGCAUUUGAUUCAGCACAUUCUUCCCCCGAGGAUGAGGAGGAGAGGCUGCGUGAACGACGUAGACUUAGCAUAGAGGAAGGAGUGGAUCCCCCUCCAAAUGCGCAGAUCCAUACGCUGGAGGCAACUUCACAGAGCUCUUCCCUCUAUAAACUGGGACCAAAGAUGGCUCCUGGUGUUGGGGAAGGACUUGUGGAGAGCAGGAGCCUGGGAACAGUCUCCUCUAUUUCUGGGGGGUUAUCUGGGAUUGCUGCACAGGUUGCAGCGAGUAUGGCAGUGCCAUCCCACACUGUUGACUGUGACUCUGAGGAGGACUCAACUACCCUUUGCUUACAGACACGAAGGCCCAAGCAGAGGCAUGCCUCUGGAGACACUCACUGCUCCAGACAGCCAGGGCCUUGGAAGGUCCACACACAGAUUGACUAUAUCCAUUGUUUGGUGCCUGACCUACAGGCCAUAACUGCACUUCCUUGCUAUUGGGGGGUGAUGGACCGGUACCAAGCAGAAGCACUGCUGGACGGACGGCCAGAAGGCACCUUUCUGCUACGUGACUCUGCACAGGAGGACUACUUGUUCUCCGUUAGUUUUCGACGCUACAAUCGGUCGCUGCACGCACGCAUUGAGCAAUGGAAUCACAACUUUAGUUUUGAUGCGCAUGACCCCUGUGUCUUCCACUCUUCCACAGUAACAGGCCUGCUGGAGCACUAUAAAGACCCCAGUGCCUGUAUGUUCUUUGAGCCCCUGCUCACUGCUCCCUUACACCGGACUUUCCCUUUCAGCCUUCAGCACCUGGCGCGAGCCGCCAUCUGCAGACGCACCACCUACGAUGGCAUUGGUGCCUUGCCACUGCCUCCAACCAUGCAGGACUUCCUCAAGGAGUAUCACUACAAACAGAAAGUCCGUGUGCGCUGGCUAGAGAGAGAGCCACCACUCAAGGUCAAAUGAGGUCUGGCUCUGUGCCGAGAGAGGCAGGAGUGUGGGCAAGAGCUUUGCUGCCAGAGGAGUGUGUGUCUCAUAUUAUCAAUUAUACAGCUGGCUUUAGACAUAAGGCAAAAGAGGAUGUUUUGAACUUCCGGCAUGUAAUACUACAUGUGGAAUCCAUACAUAUGUUUCAAUGCAGUACAUUCUGUCAAGCUAGCUUAUGUGCUGAAGUGUUGAGCAUGCUGGGAAUGAGAUGGUCUUAUUCUCUCUGCUCUUUUUUUUCUAUGACCUUAUAUCCAGUGAAUCUUCACUAGCUUGCCGCAUGCCUCCUGCAUUCUAUCUCCUAGUGUUUUACACUAUUUUGAGCAGUAAAACUGAGUGUUGUUACAUUAAUUGUCCUCACUUGUGAGGCAAAUGGAUGAAAUCUAUAUUAGCUUAGUCCAGUGAUUAAAAUAUAUUCAUCAAAUAACCUUGGAACUCUUGAUACCUGAAUAUCUGCUACUCUCUAAAACAUAAUGUCAAAUAUCUAGACACGUUAACUGUAUGACUAUUUGCUAAAUCAUGGCUAAUUUAUCAGCAAUACCUUCAAGAUACUUUACAGCACCCUCCUACAAGUGUGAAGUUCCCCUAGUCGGCACUUGUUAAGCCUUGUGUACAUGGACAGGAUCACAGUUAUACAUACACCUCCCAGCACUAAGCAUGUUUUAUAUUUAAAAUCGAGGCAGACGGAAGUGAAAUGCAUGAAUUAAUUGCGUGAGGAGGAAGGAGCUACUAUAUGCAAAAAGCUACUUUUUCCUUUUACCCAGUGGCCUGAGAGUGGGCACACAGGCACAGUGCACCAUGUGCUAUAUAAAAGAAAGGACGGAUUUAAAACUGGGCCCUCACGUAGUGUCAUAUCCCGACAUAAUUCUUGUUUUACAUCUAUUUUACUAUUUUCUAUUUUUAUCAGUGACAGUCUAAAAUGACAUAGGGCACUUUAAUUGUUGUUUGUGUACCGCACAAUUACUUAUAGACUCAAGUACAUACAUAUAAACAGAUUGUAUUGUUUGUGUGGUUUUUUUUUUUUUUUUUAUGGACCUUAUUCAUAGGAUGUCAGUUUAUCCCCCAUAUUCUCAGCAUAAGUCACCCUAAGUUUUUGUUAGAAUCAAGUAUCUCUUACCUUGCCUGUGCAUAUGGUAUUUGCUCGAUGCUAUAUUUUAGCCAACAUGGUUAUAUAUGCAACAACCAGAAGUGGGCAGAGAAAGUCCUCUGUAAAACUUGUAUAGAUACCUAUUUUCACUUUAGAUAUUGUUGGAACACAGAUGCCAUCACUGCGUAUAUAUUUUGUGUUUAUUGGAUUGAUGUCCAGUUCUGUUAUAAAGUGUGAUUGGUUUCACUUGAUAAUGUUGCACUUUUAUUCAUUAUGAAGCAUGCAGCUAUGCUUCCCUUGUCAUAAUUGUGUGCACUAGUGAUUGAGAUUCCCUGAACACUGUAAAAAAAAAUAUAGAUAUAAAGCUCUAUACUUUUGAUGUUAUUGGCUUUACACAAAAAUUAAGGCCAACAAAAUAAUGCUCAUAUGUUUAAUAUCAGAUUUUUAGCAUUGUAAUGGUGGACUCUUAAGUUCCAGGCAGAUGUUAGACCAUGUGUAAUAUGUAAAACUGUUACAAUUUGCAGUAUUUGGGUGUUGGAUGAUCAGUGACCAAAGGUUUGCAUCUCUAGGUUGUUAUUGUGAAUGAGAAAUCUUCCACCAUGCCUCUUGAUUAUUUAUUUGAGCUCAAUGGCUUAAUUAUAGUGUCCAGUUUUCUGGCAGAGUAGCACCAAUUUUGAAGCCAUUUAUUUGAACUGCAAUUAAAUCCGCAAUUCAACUCUUUAAGAACAUGCCUCGGUUGUCGCUGAAAGGAAGUCAUUUUGUUAAUUUUAACAUUUUUACUCUAUUUUUCCACUUGAAUGACCUGAAUGAAUACUCAAAACAACCAUCUUAAAAUUUCUUCCACCCUGCACACUGUAUGCUCUGUAUACAGGCUCAUAUUAUGUCAACUGUGUAGCUGUACAUGUCAGAUGAUGUCAUCUGCUUUCAAGCCUUUAGCUUUGAGAAUAAUAUACCUUUCAUUGAAUUUACAGACAGAAUAUGAGCACUUGGCCACAGCUAGCAGUUUCGCAGCUGCUCCCCGAGCCAGUCCUACUGAAGAAAAGCCAUCUAAAAUCAGCCUAAGCAGGUUUGUUGGUUUUAGUUGGUUUCCCAGGUUUUAGAAGGGUUUUAGGCACUUUUCUGCUGGUCAGGCUGGGAGACCAGAUCGACCAAUUGAAGACCAGCUUUGCCAGGCUGUGACAUUAACUUAAACCAGCUAAAACCAGCAAACCAGCUUAGGCUGGUUAAAGCAGGUUUUUAUUUAAAAAAAAAAAAAAAAAAAAAAUGCAUUACAUUUGACAACUAUUAUGUGUAGACCAGUUUUUGCAGUCAGUGUUUAAAUAAAAGUACCAUGGUGUUACCAUGUUUGUUAGGAUAUAGUAACACGGUAAUGCCAUUGUAUUUGGAUACAUACCUUCGUAGUGCCAUGUUUUUUAGGACAUGUACCAUGGUAAUUCUGUGGUAUUCUUUGAAGUACUAAGGAAUAACAUGGUAUAUGGAAAAGUACCAUGGUGUUAUCUUCUGAUGACAUCACUGUAACCAGGCACCACGACAGUACGUUUUGUGAAGAAACACAUAUAAUGCUAAUCCGAGGAAAUUUUUCAAACAUUAAAUAUAUUCAAACAAGGCUCAACGAUGCUGAAGAUGUUCAGCAGACAUUCACGAUGCUCUUUCCCAUUUCAGGAAUGAGCUCAGAUGAUGUAAACAGCUGCAUUUAUGACAGAAAGCAUAAUUUUCAAGGGUGUUGGUUUGAGGGCUGUUAAAUGCUUAGUGACAGCCUGUUCCUCACCAAAUCCUUUGGAUUUUUUAAAACACCGUGGCUCAUGCAGUCAUUUGGGACUUUCUAUGCCACUGCACAGUGAGUGAGUCUCUCCUGGCAGAGUUACACCCUGCCCUGCCUUACAGGCACUAAUCACAGGCUAAAUUUAAUAUGCUAGCCUCUAAAUUUAACACCUGCUAAAAGGACCACUCUGUGUUUCUUGAUGGGUGCUGUGAAAAUAGAAAAGAGAGGGACUUUUUGCUCUAAUUUUCCUCUUCCUUCCCAGUCUGACCACAUCCUCAGCAUCACCCUUUUUCUUGGAUAUGUAGCGCUGAAAGCAGAGAGCACGUUGUUUGUCUAGUCUGGAUGCUCUGCUAAAGUUAGCAUUAGCAAGUGGCUAACACACACAGUGCUCCAUUGAGCAACAUUGAGUGCUGCGAGGAAUGAGGCUGUAUGAAACCUCAGUCGUUAUUUAGUUAAUAGUUUAGAGAAAGUAUUAUGAGGGAAGCAUAACACACCAAACUAAUCCAACACAGUGUUCUUCUGCAACUCAGGCCUGGUUUACUGCCUUUAAAAUAGUUACUGCAGAAGUCAACAAAGAUUACAGUGAGGAGUCUUGUUUUGAGACUUCUGUGAGCUGUGUCUUGUGCUUAUGGCCUGGGGAUGCUUUGUCUUUGUUUUCAUGGUUAACAACUAAAUAAUUCUGAAACCGCUUCUCUAUACAGAGGAGUCUGAUGUUCUUUCUGCCCUUUUUUCCCCAUGGGAAAUCUAUGUCAGCCACUGUAGCACAUACUGACCAUAUGACCAUGUCAAGUAUAGAACCUGCUUGCAAACUAGCCAGUGAAAAAAAAAAAAAAAAAAAAGGCACACAUACUCAAAUGUACCCAUAAUUGUUAAAUGUUUAGGUGUACAAGUAAAUUAUAGAAUGAACUUUAUUCUACAGAGUGUGGCAGGGCAGCAAUUGAUCUUGAACUUACUAAUCCUUCUGUUUAGAUCAUAAUUCUUUUAGCUCUCCUUUAGUGCCAACGUGUAAAGCUCUGAGGCCUCAUUUAUGAAAUGUGUAUGAUCAUCCUAAAUGUGAAAGCAUGAUCAUUACUGAUGAUUAAAAAAUAGUGAAAAUAAGAAAAUGAUAACGAAAAAAACUUUCUUUUUUGUGGUCAUUUAUUUAUUCAUUUAUUCAAUUGUUCACUUUGCAAUUGUAUCAUUAAACAAAAGUCUUUAGAAAAUUAAGUCAGCAGUAAGGUCAUUAUACAUGCUUUUUACUUGUACAUACAAGAAUAUUGCCAUGACAGUUUCAGCCUUCAUAGAUCUCAAUUUGUUCCUACGCAGUAUCAAAUCCAUGGACUUCAGGAUUAAAUAUGAAUUUAGGAUUAAAUCUGGACUUAAAUCUGGUUUUAUAAAUGAGCCCUCUGAUCUUUGCAACUUUGGUGCCAAAAUUUGUUGCAAAAGGAGUUGAAUAAUAGUUUUAUGCAAGCAGAGUAGCACUUAAUGAAUUAUUUUUACAUAAAUUGUAUCUCUAAUACACAAUGAGUGUGAUGUAACCAUUGUUGCAAUCUAAUGUCACUUUAAUGCUAUACGUGCACGCUUGUAGCAGUAUGUGUGUGGGUGCUGUGGUGACAGGGCUUGACGAUGAUGGGGGCUAAUGGUUGUCAUUCUGCCUCCUCGACCGCCUUAUACAUUCUGACCAAUCACAACAGCCUUCUCAGCUGCCACAGACUAACCAGUCUCUAAUCAUACAGUAUCACCAAAUAUUGUUCUCCGUUUCCUUCGAUCUUCUUUUCUCAUUUUGUUAACAAAUAUCUGGAUGGAAGAGGUGUUUUUAGAAAACAAGAUGUUCGCAUUAUAUUUUUUUGUGUUUUUUUUCUCCUCUCCACCUCUGAAUAUUUUCUUGGACUCUAUUGUUUUAUUCUUUGCAUAACCUGUUCAUUGUUGCAGCCAAUGCCCUUGUAGAUGUCACUCUUGGUGCUUUGUGAAUGCUUCAUUGUCUUAAUAUUAUUAAUAAAAUAUUGAGUGUAUUCCAUGCAGUAAAUAGAUAUGAUCACAAA